AUGGAAUUCAUGUUCUGCAACGCCACCCACUUCAACCAGCCGAUUGGAAGCUGGAACGUCCGCAAAGUGAAAUCGCUGCAAGGCAUGUUUCACGGGGCGACAGACUUCAACCAACCGCUGGCGGACUGGGAUACUCGCAGCGUGGAGAAUAUGGACAGUAUGUUUUAUGCAGCGGCGAGGUUCAGCCAGGCACUGGGCGACUGGGAUACCCGCAGUGUGAGGAGCAUGCGUCGCAUGUUUUGGGACGCCUCGGCGUUUAAUCAACCGCUUGCGGGCUGGGACGUCGCAAACGUGUCUGCCAUGGGCGGGAUGUUCGUGGGCGCCGAAAGUUUUCACCAGCCACGCGUAGGGUGGCUGAGAGAGCGAGCGGAGGAGAUUUGUCUGCUGCGGAUCCCAAAGCCGCGGCGCUGA